ACCCGGAGAACAAGGGGCGCGGGAGGACUGGGCGUACGGAGGCCGCAGCCGGGCCGGGGCGCGGGCGGGGGCCGGGCCGGGCCGCGUGGGGGCCGGGGCCGGGGCGGCGGCCGGGGGUCGCGGGCCGCGGCGUGCCGGGGGCGGAGGCGCAGAGGCGGAGGCCUGGUGGCCGGGCAGGGGCGCCAUGGCGGCGGCCGAGACGAAGAUCAUCUACCACCUGGACGAGCAGGAGACGCCGUACCUGGUGAAGCUGCCGAUCCCGGCCGAGCGCGUCACCCUCGGCGACUUCAAGGGCCUCCUCAACCGCCCCAACUACAAGUUCUACUUCAAGUCCAUGGACGACGACUUCGGGGUGGUGAAAGAAGAGAUCUCUGAUGACAAUGCCAAGCUUCCUUGCUUCAACGGCCGGGUGGUGUCGUGGCUGGUGUCUGCAGAGGGUUCCCAUUCAGAUGCCGGCUCGGUCUGUGCUGAUAACCAGACGGAGCUGCCACCCUCCAUGGAGCGCACAGGAGGAAUUGGAGACUCCAGGCCUCCCUCUUUCCACCCUAACACUGGGGGGAGUCGAGAAAACUUGGACAAUGAGACAGAGACGGACUCGGUGGUGUCAUCCCAAAGGGAACGACCUCGUCGGACAGAUGGCCCUGAGCACGCACCCAGGGUGAAUGGGACAGUAAAGGGAGAGCGGCGCCGAGACCUGGGCGGGUAUGAGAGCUCCUCCACACUCAUGAGCAGUGAGCUGGAGACCACCAGCUUCUUCGAUUCAGAUGAAGAUGACUCCACCAGCAGGUUUAGCAGUUCGACAGAGCAAAGCAGUGCUUCCCGUCUAAUGAGGAGACACAAGCGACGCCGGCGGAAACAGAAAGCUCCACGCAUUGAGCGGUCAUCGUCUUUCAGCAGCAUCACAGACUCCACCAUGUCCCUGAACAUCAUCACAGUCACACUGAACAUGGAGAAAUACAACUUCCUGGGCAUUUCUAUUGUGGGACAGAGCAAUGUGCAUGGGGAUGGAGGCAUUUAUAUUGGCUCGAUCAUGAAGGGCGGCGCUGUGGCAGCUGAUGGCAGGAUUGAGCCAGGAGACAUGCUCUUGCAGGUAAAUGACAUCAACUUUGAGAACAUGAGCAAUGAUGAUGCUGUGCGAGUGCUGAGGGAGAUUGUGCACAAGCCGGGGCCCAUCACCCUGACCGUGGCCAAGUGCUGGGACCCCAGCCCCCGGGGCUGCUUCUCGUUACCCAGGAUUGCUCCCCAGCGGAUCUGGGCUGGGCCAGACUCUCCAUGCUCCGAUCCGGGUGAGCCCAUUCGGCCCAUUGACCCGGCAGCCUGGGUGUCUCACACGGCAGCGAUGACCGGCACCUACCCAGCGUACGGUAUGAGUCCAUCCAUGAGCACAAUCACUUCCACCAGCUCCUCCAUCACCAGCUCCAUACCAGAGACUGAACGCCUCGAUGACUUUCACCUGUCCAUCCACAGUGACAUGGCCACCAUUGUCAAAGCCAUGGCCUCACCAGAGUCAGGCCUGGAGGUGCGUGACCGCAUGUGGCUGAAGAUCACCAUCCCCAAUGCCUUCAUUGGUUCGGAUGUGGUGGAUUGGCUCUACCACCAUGUGGAGGGCUUUACAGACCGUCGUGAAUCCCGCAAAUAUGCCAGCUAUCUGCUGAAGGCUGGCUACAUCCGACAUACCGUCAACAAGAUCACCUUCUCGGAGCAAUGCUAUUACAUCUUCGGGGACCUCUGUGGAAACAUGGCGAAUCUGUCUCUUCACAAUCAUGAUGGCUCCAGCGGUGCCUCUGAUCAGGACACUUUGGCUCCGCUCCCCCACCCAGGAGCCGCACCCUGGCCUAUGGCUUUCCCAUAUCAGUAUCCACCUCCUCAUCCAUACAACCCCCACCCCGGCUUCCCUGAUCCAGGAUACAGCUACGGAGGGGGCAGUGCAGGCAGCCAGCACAGUGAAGGGAGCCGGAGCAGUGGUUCCAAUCGCAGUGGCAGCGAGAGAAGGAAGGAGAGAGAGAAGACCGGGGAGUCCAAGUCAGGCGGCAGCGGGAGCGAGUCGGACCACACCACGAGGAGCAGCAUGCGGCGUGAGCGCGCAGCCAGCGAGCGCUCGGUGCCAGCCAGCCAGCACAGCCAGCGCAGCCAGCACUCGCUGGCUCACAGCAUCCGCAGCCACCACAGCCAGCAGUCGUAUGGGCCGCCCGGCCUGCCCCCUCUCUUCAGUCCCCCCAUGUUGCUGAUGCCUCCACCACCUUCAGCCAUGGGACCCCCUGGGGCGCCACCGGGCCGUGACCUGGCCUCUGUGCCCCCCGAACUGACAGCCAGUAGACAGUCCUUCCGAAUGGCCAUGGGCAACCCCACAAAGAAUUACGGGGUGUUUGACUUUCUCUGAGCCUGCCGCCCAUAGGGGGGAGAGCUGGAGCGCGGCGUGGCCCGACAGGAGGACACGGAGCUCCAAGGGCGCUGGGCACGCGUGGCGCUGAAGAUGGCUUCUUUCCUCCUCCUUGCGAAGACACCCUGCCCUUCCUGCAGCCCUGAGAGGGGAGCAGGGACCAGCCUUCCCUAAGAGUUUCAAAUCCCCUUGUAAUUGCCUUUUGGCUAAUGCGUGAAUGUUGCAGGGCUUCAGUGCCUCCAGGCAGCGGAGAGAUGCUGCCAGUUCCCUCUUGCCUUCCUUCUCUUGCCCACACGCUGGGCCAGGUCCAAGCCUGGCCCUGCCUCAUCGCAGGACCCUCUUUCACCUUGCCCCUGUCUUGGGGCCGUAGCUCUGCAUUCAGCCCGGAGCUGUGCUUGGUGCCUGUGCACAGUCCUGCACAACUCAGGGCCCUUCACCUGCCCUUGGGUACUUGGUGGGGUUUAAGGGCAGAGUUCUGCUCCCUCUGGUCGCUCUUUGCCCCCCUGCCUGCGACACGCUGCUGCCUGUCCCGUUUGUAGGGGCUGUCCCAUGCCUGGGGCAGGCGGUUAUAGCUGUGGCCUUCUCCUUCCUGCUGUUGAGCAAUGUGACAUCUUUAGGGGCCAGCAUGGACGUAGAAGAUGAGAGGGGCACAGCUGUUUUGGUUUCGUGCUUUGGGAAAAUGUGGAUGUUCCCUAUAUGUGCCCUAUGAAGCAUAUGAGUCUGCCUCCCCUGUUUCUCAGUACCUUGAGUGCUGCUGGCCUGGCUGUUGGGAGGGAUGAGUUUCUGGGACGGAGCUGGGAUGGCCCCGCUCACUCUGGGCUGUGAACUGUGCGCAGUGGCAGCACAAGCUCUCCAGGGAGGGCGGCAGCAGCCUGGACUGUGCCUCUGAGCUCAGGGCCUGCAGAUACACUGGGACAAUUGAAUCCAUUUGCUCCAGCGCUCCCUACCCUUUUCUUCCUCUUCUGGGUACUCAGAGACAUGCCCUGGGUUGGGGGCAGCCCCCUUCCCAUGCCCAGGUACAGUACAUGCACGGUACAGUACAGACACGCUCCACCCUGCUCCUGUUGGUGCUGGUGCCCGGCGCCCUCUCCUGCUGCUGCGCCGUGGCUUUCUCUGCAGGCGUUGCCUCUGUUUGUCCUUCCUCUGCGGUUUUUAGAUGCUGGAGAUUAAAUAUAUUUUACUCCUCUGGGGUCAGUGUUGCCCCUGUAACACCUCUGCCAGCUCUCACGUGCCAUCAGUUCAUCUCUUCAUGACCCCUAAAGCCUCUCCUUUCUGUCAUCCUGCCUGGAGUUGCGCUCUGCCAUCCAUCUAUCACUGAAAUACAGGAAAAUAACCUCUCCAUUAUGGAGGACAGGUUAGAAAGCUGACAUUACGGUACAGGGGGGAUCGCUCUGCCUAUCGUUCACACCGAGAAGGGACAGUUUACAGCUUACAUACAUUUAUUAUAUAUAUUUAUUCAUCAUCAUUCCUCAAAGUGCCCACCCAAUUCCCAUUACUCAUUGCAUGUGAUAAUCUGGGUAGAUAAGGCCGCGGCGCAGGCGCUGUGAAUUCAAGGAAUGGUCUUUGGGCGCUGUUUCGGGAGAAAUACCCGCACUCUUUUUACCCUUUUAUGGAAAUCCCUUAUUGAAGAACAUUGGAAUACUUGUUUAGUCUCGGCAAUUAACUACAUGUUCUUGUUUGGGCAAAUUCGUGACCCUGAGAGGCUUCUUCAGCUGUUUUCUCUUGCAGCUGUUUACCUGUUUCUCAGGCCUUAUUGAAACGAGGAAGGCCCACAUCCAUUUAAAGGAAAACAUCUGGUCCUCUUGUUGCAUGCCUGCCUUAUCUUGAGAGUCCCUGUAGCCUUGUCCAUGACUAUGUCUCUGUACACAAUGCAAUACUUGUUUAAUUCGGUAUCAAUUCCCCCCUUUGGAAGUAUUAGCUAUUUCUCAAAUUACUUCCACAACUGUUUUUCUGUUUCCCUCUUUGCACAUCCUGUACAAACAGGGACUAUUAAAAUUGCAACUAUUAUCAUAGUAAGGUAGCGAACCAUUCCUUUAGGGACCACGCUCCAAAGGAUUGUAAAAUUUUGUUUAACCAAUUAGUUUCGGCAGAAUAUGUCACUGCCUCUGUCUACAGCUUUGUUCUUUGUCCAAAAAGUAGGAUGCGUUUGCUGCUUCCAAUGUUUUAGUCAAAUUUUCAAAAUGCUCUAUGACUCGAGAUCUUUGACUUAAAUCUAUGAGAGAUUUAAGGAAAUGAUACCCCAUGGGAUAGGUUCUCCUGCAGCAUGAAGGAUAGGUAAACAGUCUCUCUAGUUAAAUUAUGCAUUUACCCAACCCCCUGUACCAAUUUCAGGAUCAAGUUAUCUCUUGGUUGGCUCGCUGAACAGGCCUCUGCAAAUAGAAAUUAAGCGAUCCCAGUCAAUGUCUGGUCAGCUUUAGGCGCGUCGGUCCUGUGGCUUUGGCGGCCCAUUCUGGUGUCAAUGAAGGUUUGACCCAACUGUAAUGAACCCAUGUGUCUACUCCCUGUACUUCGACGGCAGCGUUAGUUGUCAGCAAUACCAGGUAUGGUCCCUUCUUAUUUCUUGAAGGGGUUCUUUGAUCCAAGUUUUGAUGUAGAUGCAGUCUCGGGGCUCGUAUUUAUGAGCAGUAAUGUCCAAAAUCAUGGGUGCCACCAAUACAAUGUACCUGUGGAGAGAGGACAACACCUUCCAUGGGGACAGAAUGUAUUGGUUAGGUAAUGAUCUCCAAUAAUCUGUUCAUUUACUUUCUGUGAUUUGAUGUGGUUGCCCAUAUAGUAUUUCAUAUGGGCUUAAUUUUUCUUUUGACACCGGUCUGACUCUAACUCUUAACAAGGCUAGAGGUAACACAUCUGGCCAUUUCAGAUAUGAUUCUUGGCAAAUCUUACUAAUUUGUUUCUUCAAACUCUGAUUGAUUCUUUCUACUUUCCCACUAGACUGGGGCCUCCAAGGGGUAUGCAAAUCUCAAUCCCCAUUACCUUGGAUAGAUUUUGUACAAUUUCAAUGAAAUGUGAAGCCCUAUCAGAUGGCAUUGCUAUAGGUACCCUAAAUCUUGGAAUUAUUUAUUUUAACAACAUUUUUACUGCUUCUCUGGCCUUAUUGGUGUGACAAGGGAAAGCCUCCAGCCAACUAGAAAACACAUCUACUAGUUCCAAUAUAUACCUGAGCCUGUUUUGCCAUGGCAAGUCUGUAAAAUCUACUUGCCGUUAGUGUCCUGGACAAUUGUCUUUCUUUGUUUUUGCAGGUGGGCAUCUUUUAGCAUGGUAAGAAUUGUUUCAUAAGCAAAGUUCACACUUCUUUACAAGAGUUUUUAUAAUUCCCACCAUUCACACACUCAGAACAUGGAGUUUUAAAGCCUCAGUCAUUGAUUCUGUUCCCCAAUGAGUUGCCUGGUCUUUUUCCUCAGCUAUUUUUCUUGUAAGAGGCUGAGGAAUUAUUACUUGCCUGUUUGGUAUAACCCACCAUCCUUCAUUGUUCUUCUUGGCUCCUAAUAGCCUUCCCAAUUUCUCAUCCUCUGUUUGAUAUCUUGGAACUUCAUUAUGCAAGCACUGAUACUUAUGGGGCAAUAUUAAUGAAAGGUCCAUGCCUGCAGCUUCUUUGGCUGUUUUAUCAGCAAGGCAAUUGCCAUUAUUCACUGGAGUAUUACGUAAUUGAUGUGCCUUGCAAUGCAUUAUUGCUACUUUCUGGGGUAGCUGGACUCCUUUUAACAAUUCUUGUAUUAUUUGUCCAUAUUAUAGGGAACCCCUGAGAAAUUAAUAAUCCCCUUUCCUUCCAUACGGCCCAAUGGGCAUGAACAAAGAGCAAAUUUUGGCUCUGUCCACAUGUGAAUGGUUUUACCUUCUGGCAAUUCCAAAGCUCUCAGCAGCGCAAUCAGCUUGGCUUUCUGCACUGAUGUGGUGGGGGCCAGGGCUUUGCCCUCUAUUACCUCAUGUUGGGUUACCACAGCGUAUCCUGCUUUCCGGUUUCCAUUUUUCACGAAGCUGCUACUACCCACAAACAGCUCCCAGUCCAUGUCGUUCGAAGGGGUAUCUCAUAAGUUGGUACGAGUGGAAUACACCUGCUCUCAAUAGUCUGUAAACAGUUGUGAGUCAGUUCUCCUGCUUCUGGGUCGGUUGUCAAAAACACUGCUGGGUUCAAGAGGUUAGUUACUUUCAAUUCUGCAUCCUCCUGUUCCAAAAGCAUGGCCUGAUAUUUUAACAUCCUGCUUGGGGAAAGCUGAUGUCUGCUUUUCUGUUCCAGGAUGCUUGUUACCAUGUGAGGUACAAAUACAGUCAACUUUUGUCCCAAAGUAUUCAAUAAAAUUUUCUAUUAAAGGCUCUAGUCCUUUCCUUGCUUCCAGUUUGAUAGGAUAUUUUUUCUGUCUUACCAGUCUGGCGUUUGGUUUCAGAUGAAUAGUUACUGGUUCCACAUUUCGUGAUCAGCCCAGGGCUCCAGUAGCCCAUACCAGUGGAGUGACUGUGUUCUCCACUUCCUCUGGUAUAUCCAGCUCAGUGGAUGGUUUCUGUAACAUAAGAACUUGGGCCUCCACAGCCUUUUCCUCAGGGAUAUGUAUCUGGAUUUUAAUUUCUUUAAUCAUAAUUUGUGCAUGUAAUUUACUCAGUAUAUCCCUACCCAAUAAUGGCACGGGGCAUUCAGUCAUGUAAGGAAAUUGAUAGGUCAACAUCCAUUUGCCUAUUUCAAAGGUUGAAAGAAAGGCCGGUUUUCUUUCUGCCCUGUGGCGCUAAUGACUGAAGCCGUUUAUUUGCUUAAUUGUCCUUUGCAAGUAUUCAUAACAGAAUAGGUAGCUCCUGUAUCUGCAAGGAAUUUUACCUUAUCAUUUCCCAACCUAGGUAACCAAGGGCUCUGUUGGGGAGGGUUUUGAAUCUUCCCCCACUCCUCCUUAGUCUUCAUCUAAAAUCAUUGUUUUUGCCGCCUGUCCAGACAUUUCACUAAAUCCUUGGUGUCUAUUUUUACCAUGAGGGCAUUCCCUCUUCCAGUACCCCCUCUGUUUACACAUCGCACACUGAUCCUUUUCUAAGGGAACUCACACAGUCUGUUCACAAACAUUUCCAUGUAAUCCUUCCCUCUGACCUUUCCCUCCCAGGCUGUUCCCCCCUUUCCUGGUUUCCUGUGUGAUAGCUACAGCCAACAAUUUUCUUUCCCUACACUUUUCCUUCCUUUCCCUCUGCCUUCCAACAACCUUUCUGUUAUUGUAUGCUUUCCAGGCUGUCUACAGCAGUUCCUUGAGAGCCCAAGAAUCUGUCCCUUCCAGCUUUUGCAGCUGGCAUUUAAUGUCUGGAUUUGAUUGACCAAUAAAAAUACAAGAUAACUGUGCUGCAUCAUCUUCUUUUUCAGGCUCCAAAGCAGUAUACUUCCUAGCUGUUGCCAUAAGUUUUUAGUAAAAAGCAGGCGGAGUUUCCGCUUUCCCCUCUACUACUUGAUGUAAUUUUGACCAAUUCUUUGCUUUAGGAAUCACGUUUCAUUCCAAACAAACUCAACUGUUGGUACCAGGUUAAUAAAUACCGCUGGGCCGGAGUAUUUGGAUCCCAGUUAGGAUCUGUGGAAGAAAAGUGGUCGUCCACUGACCCCUGCUGGGCCCCCUGCAGAAGGAUCCUUUCUGCCUCUUGCUUUUGCCAGCACCACGCUUUUGUCAUCAUAUGUCACUAAAGUAUCCAGUAUUACCUGUAAAUCAUUCCAGUCUGGAUCUUUUGUUCUAAUAAUCGUCUCCAUUACCUUAGAGACUUGCUCAGGAUCUUCCCUAUAGGUCCUGGCUAACUUUUUCCAGGCUCGUAAAUCUGACACAGAAAACAGCAUCUUGAUAGUCACCAGUCCCUUCGCCCCUACUCCCUGGUGUAAGGGAGCUCGAAUGUUUAGGGGAGCACUUCCCCUUGUUCGCCUUGCAAUGAGGCUAAAGCUUUCACUCCCAGCAUAGUGGCUUUCCUCCCCCUCUGAGCCUGAAUCUGCCCCCCACCCUCGUUCCCUUUGCCCUACUCUACCUUUUUGCCCAACCAAUAAUUCCACAUCCUCUUCUUCCUGCUUAUAUUUAACACACCGCCUACCAAUACUACAUGCAGAACAUCUCUUGAGUGGUUUCUUCUUACCCUUUUCCAAUGCUAAUAAUAUGGGGUCUUUAGGUAUAUGCAUACAUUCCUUUCACAAAUCUGAACUGUUCUGCAAAUCAAAGAAUAAAUUCAUCUCACUUUCCCUUCCCUCAGCAAAACAGCAUCAAUUGCAAAAUUGUAACACAAUCAAACAGUCCCAUUAACAGGCCAUUUCUUCUGACCUUCUAACUUAUACAGUGGCCACCAGUGAUUACAAUAUUCAAUGAGCAAUUCGAGAUCCCUUCUCCCAGGGAUUGCGAAGAUUGUCAUGCACCCAUUAUGAUGCCCGAAAUUGCAAAACCUGAUCUGUACUCUGGGCAUCCCUGUAGUAGCAUACAGCUUUACCCAAUGCUGGCAGCAAACCUGUACCAAACCCUUCUAGCCCAGCACUGCAUAUUAUCACCAAGAGCAACUUAUGUGCAGGCAAAAACCUUAAAGUAAUGUCUUUACCUGUCUCCCAGAGGGAAAUGUGCAGAGUAUUCACCAGACCAGGGAAUAGGAAAAUCUCCCCAAAAAACUUUGGUGUGCGCUGGAGCUCUGGCAAUUCCUCUGGUCUGCUGAAAUCCUGACACAGGUUCCCAUCUGGGUCACCAAAAACUGUCACCAAAAUCUGGGGAAUAAUCUCUCCAUCCAGAAGGAUCAUCCAUCCAGGUUAGAAAGCCAACAUUGCUUUAUUAUGGUAUAUAAUAUAUUAUAUAAUACUUACAGGGGAGAUCACUACGCCUAUUGUUCACACAAUGAAGAGACAGUUUACAGCUCACAUACCUUCAUUAUAUACAUAAUCACUGUCAUUCCGCAAAUUGCCUACCCAAUUCCCAUUACUCAUUGCAUAUGGUAAUCUGGGCAGAUAAGGCCACGGCGCAGGCACUGUGAAUUCAAGGAAUGGUCUUUGGGGGUCGUGGUGGUGAGCUGGAGAGAAACGCUCUCACUCAUUUUACCCUUUUGUGGAAAUCUGUUCUUUAGGGAUAUUGGAAUACUUGUUUAGUUUUGCCAGUUAACUACAUGUUCUUGUUUGGGCAAAUUCGUGACCCUGAGAGGCUGCUUUAGCUGUUUUCUCUUGCAGCUGUUUACCUAUUUCUCAGGCCUUAUCGAAACGAGGAAGGCCCACAUCCAUUUAAAGGAAGACAUCUGGUCCUCUUGUUGCAUGCCUUCCUUAACUUGAGAGUCCCUGUAGCCUUGUCCAUGACUAUGUCUCUGUACACAAUGCAAUACUUGUUUAAUUCGGUAUCACAUCUGUUGUAUGGGCUGCCCGGACUCCCCCCUCUCUUCAGCCCCCCCAUGUUGCUGAUGCCUCCACCACCUUCAGCCAUGGGGCCCCCUGGGGCACCGCUGGGCCCUGACCUGGCCUCUGUGCCCCCCGAACUGACAGCCAGUAGACAGUCCUUCCGAAUGGCCAUGGGCAACCCCACAAAGAAUUACGGGGUGUUUGACUUUCUCUGAGCCUGCCGCCCAUAGGGGGGAGAGCUGGAGCGCGGCGUGGCCCGACAGGAGGACACGGAGCUCCAAGGGCGCUGGGCACGUGUGGCGCUGAAGAUGGCUUUUUUCCUCCCCCUUGCGAAGACACCCUGCCCUUCCUGCAGCCCUGAGAGGGGAGCAGGGACCAGCCUUCUCUAAGAGUUUCAAAUCCCCUUGUAAUUGCCUUUUGGCUAAUGCGUGAAUGUUGCAGGGCUUCAGUGCCUCCAGGCAGCGGAGAGAUGCUGCCAGUUCCCUCUUGCCUUCUCUUGCCCACACGCUGGGCCAGGUCCAAGCCUGGCCCUGCCUCAUCGCAGGACCCUCUUUCACCUUGCCCCUGUCUUGGGGCCGUAGCUCUGCAUUCAGCCCGGAGCUGUGCUUGGUGCCUGUGCACAGUCCUGCACAACUCAGGGCCCUUCACCUGCCCUUGGGUACUUGGUGGGGUUUAACGGCAGAGUUCUGCUCCCUCUGGUUGCUCUUUGCCCCCCUGCCUGCGACACGCUGCUGCCUGUCCCGUUUGUAGGGGCUGUCCCAUGCCUGGGGCAGGCGGUUAUAGCUGUGGCCUUCUCCUUCCUGCUGUUGAGCAAUGUGACAUCUUUAGGGGCCAGCAUGGACGUAGAAGAUGGCCCCACUCCCUCAGGGCUAUGAACUGCACCUGGUGGCAACAGAAGUUCUUCAGGGAAGGAGGCUGCAGCUUGGACCGAGGCCUCUGAGCUCAGGGCCUGCAGACGUGCCAGGAGCCAAGCAUGAUACAACACAGACACACUCCACCCUGCUCCUGCUGGUGCUGUUGGUUGCUGCUCCUCCCGGCGCCCGCUCCUGCUGCUGCGCCGUGGCUUUCUCUGCGGGCGUUGCCUCUGUUUGUCCUUCCUCUGUUUGCAGUUUUUAGAUGCUGGAGAUUAAAUGUAUUUUACUCCUCUGGGGUCUGUGUUGCCCCUGUAACACCUCUGCCAGCUCUCACGUGCCAUCAGUUCAUCUCUUCGUGACCCCUAAAGCCUCUCCUUUUUGUCAUCCUGCCCGAAGCAGAGCUCUACCUGCCAGCUAUCCAUCCUCCACCCCCUGAUAUCAGCACUUGUGAGCUGCCGCCAGCCCCCCCCUACCUCCCGAUGCCCAGCAGCAGCCUGCCUCACCACUGCUCAUGCCCUUGCCCCCCCCACCCGCUGGGUUUUAUAAAAACAAAGCCAAUCUCCUCGUUUUUAUUUAUAAACACACUUUUACUGGA